AGACUGGGGCUGUCCCUUUUUCAAGCUAAAGGGGAUGUACAUGCAGGUCACCUUGCCUGGUUCGGAGCUGAGCUGCCAUGACCCUCUUUCCCUUGCCCGGUGUGAGCUUCUGGAGGCCACUGAGGCAGAGCCAGAGGCGCCAGCUGCAGAGCUCCAGCCGGCGGCAGAAGCAGGGCAGUGGACAGUGGUGGAGGUAGAGCUGGCUGCAGCUCCGUCAAUACCACCCCCUCUAGCGCUGGAGCCAGCGUCCCCUCCCUCAGCAGUGUUGGAGCUGGAGCCAGGGCCCACGUCGGCUCCAGCAGGAGUGGGAGCUGCUGAGCUGGAGUCACCUGGACCAUCACUUCUAGUGGGAAGUCCAUCUCCACCUGUGGCCAUUAAGGAGGGUGAGAAGAAGCCUAACCUCACGGCCUUCCCUCCUAAGCUGGUGGCGGAGCAGUUGACCGUGAUGGAUGCGGAGCUCUUCCGGAAGGUGGUGCCCUCUCAGUGCCUGGGCUCCACCUGGGGCAAGAGGAACAAGCCCGGCAAUGAGCACCUGGCACCCACCGUCCGAGCCACCGUCGACCACUUCAGAAGGGUGGUCAGCCUCGUCGUCACCACCUGCCUCGGGGACCCGAGCAUGACGGCCCAGGACAGGGCGAGGGUGGUGGAGCACUGGAUCCAGGUGGCCCAGGAGUGCGAGAUCCUGAAGAACUUCUCUUCGCUCCGCGCUGUCAUCUCUGCUCUGCAGAAAACCUCCAUAAGCCACCUGAAGAACAUGUGGGCAGAUGUUUCCCGGACCACGCUUUGA